AUGAUUUGGUUAUUUUUUAAAAACUGUUGUAGAAACAAAAAAAAUAAGACGAUAAAAUCUGAUGAAAAUUAUCUACAGGUAAAUAAUUCAAAAUCAAUUAUCAAAGAACUUCUACCCAAAUUGGACGUUUUUAACGAUUUAGACACACGUAAUGAUAACGUAUUUGUUACGGACAAACAUUUUGCAUAUCUUUCGAUUUUUGAUCCUUACAAUGAAUAUAAAGAAUUUACUACAGAAAAAACUGAAGCUGACAAGUUCGUAGUUAUUGAAAAUGACAUUGAGGUAAUAAACGAGAUUGAUGAUUUAAAAACUGGUAUAGAAGAAGCUAUGGUAACUAAUAAAAAAUUUGGUAAAAUAACGGAAAAAAAAUUAAAAUCAUUACAUUGUCCAUUUACUUGGAAUUUCGAACCUGAAGUGUGGAAAAAAAAAAUUGAUAAUCGAAUUGAAAAAAAAUAUGGCAAGUACAAUACGAAUAUUUGCUCAGUCAGAUUUUCAUUUGAAAAGUUCAUAAGCAAUCUAAUAAUCAGUUGUGCACUAUUUAAAAUGAAUAAAGUAGAUCAAGCACACGAUAAGUUAUUAAAUAUUUGGGAAUGGCUAGAUAAAUUAGACAACAAAAACGAUCCUACUUAUUUGGCUAUUAGAGAUGGAUUAAAACAUAUCAUUAUGUCUACAUUGUGUCAUAUAUUAUUCGCUAUGAAUAAAGUGCAAUGUCAACAGUUAUUUGAAAUGAUAACAAAGUUUAACGAUUUAGAUUCAAAGUCAAGAGCUGCAAUUAAUGCUUUACACGCUGCCAUUUGUAUAGAUAUUGGUGGUAAAUCAUUGCAAAAUGUAGUUCAGUAUGCAAAAACAGCAUGUGAAUUAGAUCCAGACAAUGUUCAGUGGAAUUAUUUCCUUUCCAUAGCCAUGACUGCUCAAAGACAAUAUCUGAAUACCAAUAUAUCUUGCCCAACUGAUGACGAAUUUGACUCUAUACAGCAAGCAGUUAUUUUAUCAAAUGAACCAAAUCCAUAUUUUAAUUUUCACAGAAUGCAUUUGAUGAUUAACAAAAUACUCUAUCAUUAUUAUUUUGAUAAUAAUAGAGAAAAAAGAACUGGAAAUGAAAAUGCAUUGGAAAAAAUUAAAAAAGACUUUCUCAAUAUAACAGAAUUAAUCAAGGCCAUUGUAAGCCUAGAACCGGAAGAUCCUCAUUUAGUUGUUAAAUGUGCAAAAUCUCUAAUGAUUCUGCCAUAUUUAACCCAAGAUGACAUUUUUCUUAUUAAACAAAUUAUAUCGAUAGCAGUAAAUAUGGCUUUUCACGAUUUUACGGUGAUUAGAGCAAUUCAAAAAAGCAUCGAAAUCUUCAGAGAGUUAGUCUAUACUUACAUAGAAAUGAAUGAAAAAGGAAGUCAAUUAAAAAAUACCAAUAUUCAAAAUCAGGUGGAAAACCGAGAGGAUGAGUUAGAAAACGAUUUAAUGCUUACUCUAGAAAAAUACGAGAAAGGCAGUAAGCCGGUUCUAGAUUUAAUUAAUCUAUUUGAAAAAUAUGACGGAGAUUAUCGCUGGAAAAUAAUGGCACAAAUUUGUUCUUAUUCGAUACUUUUCAAAGACUCUUCUAAUCUUCUUAUCGGUGUGGAACAAUUCAUGAUGUUAAUUAAUGACAAAAACAUUGCUAAUAGCGAUAUUAUUAAGAAACAUAGAUCAAUAUUUAUAAAGGAUCAUUCUAAGGUUUUUAACCUUGCUGAAUUAGUAUGUAAUGAAAUCAAAUUGGCUAUUACUUUUGGUAACAUUAAAAAUCAAGAACAAAUUCAAUUAUACUUAGAUCAAUUAACUAAAAUUAUGGAUGUAUGUCAACUGAAAUCGAAAAAAAUCAACCCCACUCUUAUACUUGAAAUAACUGGAUGUAGUGAAAAAGAAAAUCAGAAUAACGCUUCCAAACAGAUUGAUGCAAUUAAUCAACAAAAUAACUUGCAGGUCACCAAACAAAUCGUUUCGAAAAAUGCUACUAAACAAAGUCGGUUAAAACACACUUCAAAUAAUCGUCAUACACGAGCACUUAAAUCUAAACCAAGAAGAAGGCAUCAUCGUUAUAACUAAUUGAAUUACUUAAGUUAUUAAUAAAAAUAAUUAUAAAUAAUACACUUAUUUACUCGUA